AGUAAGAGAUGACUCAACAUCCCACCACUAUAAGAUAUGCCGAUGGGCGCCUGGUAUUGGACAUACAACCAAGCAAGGGUAAGUGUAACUUUCUUCUCAGCUUCUUUAAAGUACAUUUCAAUGUGUCGGUUUGUAUGGUUGUUAAUAUACUGGAUGUUAAGCAUUUUGUGGGAUGCUUGGAUGUUGACUUGAUGCGCAAAAGAAUCCUGGUAGUCAAAAGCCUUGUUGUUACAAAUCUGUUACUGAGUUGUUAAGGUAGUCCUUAUGGUAAAAGUGUUGACUGGAAAAAUAAGAAAUGUGCCUCAGAUGUGCUUGAUUUUACUGAUAUUUAAAAAAAAAAUCUGCAUUCAUAUUUUUUUUAGAUUGUCUGCAUUUUGUAUUGUACUUUUCAUAAUGUAUAAUUAUGUAUUUAUUAUGUAGUUCAGUUAUUUUCUGCAUUUUCUACUUUACCAUUGUGACUCCUGCAGAACCUUAUGUAUUUUUAAAUCUUCUGACAAUAAUAAUUCAAAUGUUUGUAUUCUUAUUUACAUUCAUAUACUACUACUUUGCAGGCUGAUAAUUAUAUGGAUGUAUAUUAAAUAUAUUAUUUUAAUUAUUGCUAUUUCUUCUUAGCUUAUUAGUAUUUCCUAAUAAAGAAAUCAUCAUCAGCAUCAUCAUUAAAUAACAUUUUAAUAUGCAUAUUUCAGGCAUGCAUGCCACAGUAUGAUCUGGGAAAUAAAAAGCAUUUAUUUUUUGUAGCCAUUACCUUUUGUUGUUUUUAAACUGUGAAGCUGGACAUACAGUAGAAUUACUCAAUACAAAACAAUAAAAUGAUUAUAACAUGACUCAUAAUUACUGAUAAUGAAAUAUUAUCCAUUGCAGGAAUAUACAUGUAUCUGUAAAAGAAGAGGUUACCUCCACUAUGUCCAAGUGGCUGCUGAACCAAAUUGGGAUAUCACAGCCUCAGUGGAAGUCUACAUUUAGACAGUUAGUGAUCUUUGUACAUGUACCAUACUUAGUCAGCUGCAGCUGUAGGUGUAUCGCAAAUAUUUGCAAGCACAUCAUUGAGUAAAUUGGCAUUGGGAAGGCGGACGUGACAGUUCUGAGUGAGAAUAAAAUAUGAGGGUGAAAGGGUGUAAACAAACAACUUGCAUCAUAUCUAAUCAUGUUGGGCUUCCUCUUAGAUAAAAAAAAAGUGAGUAAACAUGGAUUACAUCACCUUGGCCAUCCUGGUAUCCUUCUCCCACAUGCUGGGUGUGACCACAGCUGCCCCUCUGCCGGUGGAAGCCAUGAAGAUGAAAAACAAAGUGAAGCGUAUGGCUGAACAGCUGGUGGUCAGGCUGAAUCUAAACAUCCAGGUUCCUGCGAGUGUGACAUUGACGCCACCCACAGACCAACUGGACGGGCUCUCCUCGGUGGUGGCGCUCUUGGACGGCUACAACGGCCUCAUCUCGGACUCCCUGAACAUAUCCCAGGUCAAGACGGACAUCUCCUCCCUAAAGGGAUACCUAGUACAGUGGAAGCAGGUCCACUGCAACGACACCAAGUCCAGGACCAAACCUUCAGUAUCGGUCCCACUGCAGCGGCUGCAGAGUCAGCGAGCCUUCAACCUCACCGUGAGCAUUGAAGCGCUCAUGAGAGUGAAGGAGCUCCUAGGCCAGCUACUGGGGAACAUGGACCAGCUGGAGAAAUGCUGAAAGACUGACAUAAUCAUGUUCAACACACUUAUUUAAAUACUGGGAUCUUUAUAUAUGCUGCAUUUAGUUGUUUUAAAUUGUAUUGGCAAGAGCUCUGCAGGAAAUUAUAAAUGCUUAUUUAUGAUAGGAAAAAAACACAUGAACUACAUGAAGUCAGUGCAGUAACAUCAUGAGUGUUUAAAACAGGUUGAGGAACUUCCACCAAGAUGCAAUAUAUCAUCAGCUCUUCCGGUAUUGCUAUUUAUAGACUUAAUAUGUGCAUUUUGUAUAUUUUUGUACUGUACUUUUUAUAAACACUAUAUGAUAACUAUUUAAGGAAAGAUGUGUAUCAUAAAGUAAGUUUUUUAAAUGUUAGCGUUUUCAAAAUGGUUCGACAUAAACGUCAAUGAAAUAUUGCAGACCCAAUUGUUUUGAUAUGUUUAAUAAAAAGCCAGCUGACAAGUAAAACUCUUACAUAAGUGUGCUUUCACUGGUGGAUGCGACAACUUAGUGAAACACGAAGGUUUCAUACAAAUAUAUUGUGCAAACUGGCACCACAUUAUUAAAUCAGCAUCACUUGAAUUAUGUUGUUUGAAAAUACAUGUUUAAAUUAAGCAACUAACUAUCAAACCACUUGUUUUUUCUCAUACUGGAGGUUUUGUCACUUUUAGAGAGAAGUUUCUUCUUAUACUGCUCCACCAGGUUGUCAAAGCGGUCCCCGCCCCUGCUCUUUGGAGCCUUACUCUUCUAGAAGGAAAGAGAACAGCAAUAGUCAGGACAUAACCAAAACAUAAUUAUGACAGGGGCAAAAUAUUAAAGGCGACUUAUUAUGCCCGUUCCACUUUUCUGUCCUAUAAAUGUUAGUACAAUGUUGUAUUUUUCUAACACCGGCUCACUGUGACUGCACUGUUUCACUGCUCUGAUUUCACCGUGAGCAUGGAGCAAUGGCUUCCAGGAAAUAUUUGCUCAGGUUUGAAGGACGGCUAACUGCUUGCUGUGUGAGUUAUCAUGUGUAGGUGUUCUAUAGGAAUACACAACUCAAUACAAAAGGGCCAAAAAAAUUGCAUAACAGUUCCCCUCUAACAGCUGUAACUACUGCAAUCUACAUCCACAUCCAUAACAAAUAUACUGUGAAAUUAAUACUGCAAUCAAACCGGAUUAUCGCUGUAAAGGCACAAUUUGUGAUACUUAUUAUACUUAGUCAAACUGUGCCCAAUAA